ACCACUUCCGCCCUCGCCUUCCACUUUGCAAGAUGGCUGAGGAGCCCGAGUCGGCGCUGCAGCUACCUCCCUCAAGUACUACUGAUGGCGAAGGACCUACGGAGGUCUCCCCAGAAACAGCCACUCCGGAGCCCCCUUCUUCCGCUGCAGUCUCCCCGGGAACGGAGGAACCUGCCGGCGACACCAAGAAAAAAAUUGAUGUCCUGUUGAAGGCUGUGGGAGACACCCCUAUAAUGAAAACAAAGAAGUGGGCUGUAGAGCGAACCCGAACCAUUCAAGGACUCAUUGACUUCAUCAAAAAAUUCCUUAAGCUUGUGGCCUCUGAACAGUUGUUUAUUUAUGUGAAUCAGUCCUUUGCACCCUCCCCAGACCAGGAGGUUGGAACUCUCUAUGAGUGUUUUGGCAGUGAUGGUAAACUGGUCCUACACUACUGCAAAUCUCAGGCCUGGGGAUGAAGCAGAGGAAAGACCUUGCUACCCAAAUGAGUCUUCGCAAAGGAAACAGCCUUGGAAAAAGCACUGAUGCUUGUGACAAGAGACUUGUGUAUGUGAUCUUCCCAGCAUGUUUCUACUGUGACUCCUGUUUAUGCCUAAAGAAAUCCAUAGAGUAGAUGGACUCACAAAAAUGUGAUUUGUACUAAUACACAAAUCAUCAUAGAAGAUUGACUUUAGAGUAUACCCAUUACUACAGCUGUUGCUCCAAAUCUGCCUCCAAUGUAUUGAAAAGGAGACUCAGGCUGUAGAAAGCUUCUUCGUUACCAGUUCUCAAUGACUGAAAUUGUUUACUUGUAGAAUGAACACUCUGUCUGCUGAUUUUUUUCCACUGUAAAAGUCAGUUUACUAAGGGAUUCUUUUCGUGUGUGUUCAGGGAAGUUCAGUGAGGUAGGGGUUAGGCCUUUUCUUCUAUACAUUCAGAUCUACAGUGUUAGGAAGUAAUAACAUGGACGGGCUGGCUUUAUAGUGCACAUCGUCCAGUAGGGGGCGCAGCCUAGCUGGCGGAACGAUUCCAGCAGUUUGGUUUUACAUUUUUUCCAGAUGAUAAUGGAGGGAAGAAGCGGUUCCUCCUAUUUUGUAGCAAACGUCUAGCGCAGAGAGCAUGUGUGUUGACCCACUGGAAGGCUGCUUUAGAGAAUGUGUGUGGUUUACAAUUAUUUUAUGGGGAAACAGAAGGAAUGUUACAAAUUCUGGCAACUGAGUCAUAUAGCUCUUUAGUCCUAUCAUUUAAUGAUUGCGUCCUAAUGGUUGUAACUGUAGUGUCGUUUUGUGUCUUAUUUUUACAGUAAUGAGUAAACCCGGGAACGUCUUUUGAGUUUUUUAUAAUCCGUUUUCAAUCCUGAAAAGACUCAGAGAGUAACAUAGCCUUGGGAUUUUUGUGUAUUUCAUUCUGUGACUAAAAGAACCAUUUUUCCUGAUGCUAUAAGACUGGUAAUUGCUUUCAGGUGAAAUACUGUAUUAUAUCAUUCUGUACUAUUACGGUAAUGCAGCAUUUCAAAAAAGCAUUCCAAUAAAUGAAAUGGAAUGUUCAUACAGGAGCUAAUACGUGGAUGAGAAUUCUGAGUGUUUAUUUUCAAAGAUAAUUAUGAUUUUAUCAAAAGACUUUGAACUACACUCUUGUCCCUUAAAUCCCACAACGUGCUGUAUGGUUAAUGAUCUGCCGUAUAUUAGCACUCAGGCAUGCGAAGGAACAGUUCCAUUUAUAGUGAUGAAAUCUCUCUUCCAUAUUCAUUCUUCCUAAGAAUGAAUUCUGAAGUGCCCUUAUACCAGUGUCCCUGUGUCCUAAAUUAUGUAGUUCGGAGUUAGCGCUGGAAUAGUACAGGGGGAAUUAGGCAAAUUUAUCUGGGUAAGACUAGGUAAGAAAUUUACAUGUAUGUUGAAAGCUGGGAAGUGUCUUAUUUUCGAGUCAAAUAAGUUGGAUUUGGAAAAGAUCUGAUCUCUGACUUUAUCCACUUAUAGUUACUGAAGCGUGUGGAUAUAAUUAUUUAUAUGCAUGUGUGUAGCAAAAAUGUGUUUAAAUUAUAUUAAAUUUCCCGUAAGUUUUCGGAUAGAAUAUUUACUACCUCAGCAAUCAAAACUGCUUGAGUUUGACUUUGUGACAUCAACUUGAUUAUUCUUUUUUGAUCUAAAUAACAUUAAAUCUAAGGGUAGCUAAA